AUGACGGCGAGCACUCGCGUGGACCCGGAGCAGGAAGUGCCCGAAUCCCGGCGAGCGUUCCGGAAUCUCUUCAACUGCUUCUAUGCCCUGGGCAUGCAGGCACCGGAUGGCAGUCGUCCGACCACGAGCAGCACCUGGAGGCGCAUCUAUCGCUGCUUCUCGGUGGUCAUGUACGUGUGGCAGCUGCUGUUGGUGCCCGCGUGCUUUGUGACCAGCUAUCGCUACAUGGGCGGCAUGGAGAUCACCCAGGUGCUGACCUCCGCCCAGGUGGCCAUCGAUGCGGUCUUUCUGCCGGCCAAGAUUGUGGCACUGGCCUGGAAUUUGCCCUUGCUACGCAAGGCGGAGCACCAUCUGGCCGCCUUGGACGCCAGGUGCAAGGAGCAGGGCGAGUUCCAGUUGAUCCUGGACGCGGUGCGGUUCUGCAACUAUCUGGUGUGGUUCUACCAGAUCUGCUAUGUCAUCUACUCCUCCUCGACGUUCGUGUGCGCCUUCCUGCUGGGCCAGCCGCCAUAUGCCCUCUAUCUGCCCGGCCUGGAUUGGCAGCGUUCCCAGUUGCAGUUCUGCAUCCAGGCCUGGAUCGAGUUCCUCAUCAUGAACUGGACGUGUCUGCACCAGGCCAGCGAUGAUGUGUAUGCCGUCAUCUAUCUGUAUGUGGUCCGCUUGCAGGUGCAGUUGCUGGCCAGGCGGGUGGAGAAGCUGGGCAGGGAUGAGAAUGGUCUGGUGGAGAUCGAUCCGGAUGAGCGGCGGCAGGAGGAGCACUGCGCGGAGCUGCAGCGCUGCAUUGUGGACCAUCAGACGAUGCUGCAGCUGCUCGACUGCAUUAGUCCCGUCAUCUCGAGGACCAUAUUCGUGCAGUUCCUGAUCACCGCCGCCAUCAUGGGCACCACCAUGAUCAACAUCUUCAUCUUCGCCAACACGAACACCAAGAUCGCCUCGAUCAUCUACCUGAUGGCGGUGCCGCUGCAGACGGCUCCAUGCUGCUACCAGGCCACCUCGCUGAUGCUGGACAACGAGAAGCUGGCCCUGGCCAUCUUCCAGUGCCAGUGGUUGGGCCAGAGUGCCCGGUUCCGCAAGAUGCUGCUCUACUACCUCCAUCGCGCCCAGCAGCCCAUCACGCUGACCGCCAUGAAGCUCUUUCCCAUCAAUCUGGCCACCUACUUCAGUAUAGCCAAGUUCUCGUUUUCGCUCUACACGCUCAUCAAGGGUAUGAAUCUCGGCGAGCGUUUCAACGGGACCAAUUGA